UCGUAUCCCCUGGUACACAGCUACACACUGUCCACGUAUAUCCCUAUCUUUCGCGGCGUUUUCACGUGCUUGCGCACGGCUCCGUAUUUACGUACAUUGAAGAUUCACCCUAAACCCUAAACACCGAAACCAUACCGUGUAGUACGUGUAUAACAAAUCAUUUUGAGUCAGCCUCAGCAAGUAGAAGAACGAGUAGUAUAGUCGCAUACCGCGGUCGCGACGAGCUUCCUGCUUAAAAGUCUACUUUAUAUUUGCUAUCUUGUUUGCUAUGUGCAUGGCUGUAUGCGCACUAUAAGCCUCGAAAAGGUUCUACAGACGUCUAGUUGUAGCGUGUUUCGUUCUGCGGUUUUCGUUGUGUGUGUCUUUUUGUUAUUUUCUGGGAGGGCAAAACGCAACUUCCAAAAUUCGGCCCAAGCCUCCGGCCAAGGUGGCGUCGAACCCCUAUACGCCGACUGGACCCCUGAUCACUCCUGCAGACACGAGCCGCACAGUUUCACCUGCACGCCUUCUGGAAAGAGUUGGCCACAUCGGACACCUCUAAAUCCUUGUCAGGGGUUGGUAGACAAAAAGGUCUUGUUCGUAGGUGACUCGUUUGCUCAAUAUGCACAUAACGCGUUCAUCGUUUGGUUGUCUGGUAAUUACAAGGACGGGGCAAUGCAGGCCAGCCACGACGAAGAGUGUAUUGGUGAAUAUCAAUUUGGCGAGAACGUUAGCUGCCGAUAUCAGGAGAUAUCUGCAACUGGAAAGGAACACUUCUUUUGCAACGGUAGAACGGCUGUAAAGUUCGUCGGCUAUGCACAUGGAGGCAAUUACCCCGGGUUCUUUAACCAGACUUUGCGCGACUACGAUCUGAUUGUGUAUUCGAUAGGGCGGCAUCCUUAUGAUGGCAAUUAUGACGAACGUUCCGGCGUAAAUGAUGCCGAAUCACUGUAUCACAAUGCGUUUCUUAAUUCUUGUAAAGACACGAAUGCAACGGAAAUGUGCGAAAAAGUUGUUUGGCUGGAUACACACGUAAGAAUAUCAGCUCUUUAUACUGACGAAAAAUACGAUAAACAGAUACGGUUCCACAUCGAGUCUCCGACCUGGGUGUUUCGAGGCUGUGGGAUCAGGAGAGUCGCUUCGGUGUGGGAUGCUACGGAGCUUUUAGUCACACAACACCCAGUUGACGCACACGAAAUGUCUUGGGAUAAAGUCCACUACGGCUUGGCAAUAAACUUACUGAAAGCUCACGAAAUUUUCAAUGAGUGGGCAAAGAAAGUACAGUGUGCAGAUGCAAAUCAGAGUUUCGUGUACAACCAUGCGAAACACAUCGAGGUCGAACAAGGGCGGCUAGAAUCUUACGAUUGAUAAAAAACAUGUUUCCUCCGAAGGUUUCCUUCUUGCAUUUUGAAGAAGGUCGACAGCAGGUAGGGGUUACAACCUUAACUGUUAUGAUCUCACAUCACACGUACUAUAUGUACUACCUUAUCAGCUUAUACUAAAUGCUACAGCUACUGCUAUCCCAAUCAAGCUUGGGAACUCCGAAGCGUUUUUUCCUUUUUAGAACCUGUUUACCUUCACUUUACUCAGACUGCAGAGUGUUGUGAGUUUAAUACUGUUUGAACAACAGCACGGCGCAAAGGGUGAUGCACUACCCUUCCGCCACAGCUCGUGUCCUGCACCGGUAAUACACUCCCGAUCGGGCACAAGUUGUUGCUACUGCUCUCACUCAGACCGUUCCGAAACUGUCUUGUCAGUUUCGUCACUUCGUUGCCUCCUGCUCUGUGGCUUACGAGAUCCGGCAUUACCGUGCGCUCACUUGGAUUCAGUUCGCCCCAGGCCUGUCCCAGACUCCACUCGUACCUUUCGGCACAUUCGCGUAUUCUGUGGUUGUGUAUCUUGAACUUGACACGUUGACCCU